AAAAUAAUGAUUCAUCCAACGACUGAAUCGAUCAGUACUCUUUCUUAAAAAAUCUCAAAACAUAUAUUAUUCUCUCAGUCUCAAAACUAAAGAUUAUUUCCGGCUUAUGGUAGUUAAACUUCAUUCUUUUGACAUUGAGUGGGGUUUUUUUUCCCAUUUUUCCUGCGAUAACAAAGAAAAUUAUAAAAGACUAGUGGUUCACCCACCUGCACAACAACAUCGAUCAACAACAACAGCAUACUAAUCAAAAAGUCAGAAUCAGAAAUGGAAAAGGCUCGCACGGAAGAAUCUUCCAAACUUUAACCUGAUUUUUACUUGUGCAAUGUUCUUAUCCUCUCCUUCAUGUAUUACUUCCAUUUGGUGAACUCUUCAUCAAUAUAUGUAUAUGCGUAUAUACUACUAUAUACAUAAAACCUUAUUCUAAAAUUUUCCACACUUUUUUAAUUUAUUUAUUUGAUUUGUUUUUUUUGGACUAAACAAAGUUCAUAUGUUGUACAUACAUAGUUAACUUCACCUUAUGUCUCUUUAUAUUCAAUCUCGCUCUCUCUCUCUCUUCUCUUAAAAAAAAACUCAUGCCAGCCUCAAAAAAUAACUAACUAAACUAACUAAUUAAAACUUCCAUAAUAUUACCAUGUUGAAGCUCUUCGUUUAUUACAAGAACCACUCUCUUUUCUUUCUUAUCAUCUCUGUCGUUUUCCUUCCGAUUGUUCUCCCUGCCAGAAUUCUUCCUGAAAUUCCGAAAGAUCAAUUAGCCGUCGUCGACGACGUGUGGAAGAGUUUCGAGAAAUUCGUGGACGCCCAGAAAGGUAGCCAGGUUGACGGAAUCUGCGAGCUCAAGAAAUACUUCCAGCGUUUCGGCUACCUCCCCAAUGAUCCGGCCAAGAACCUCACGGAUUUGUACGAUGAAGAGCUGGAAUCCGCCGUCUUCGCGUACCAGAAGAAUCUCGGGUUAUCCGCCACCGGGAAACUCGACCCGGACACCAUGAACGAGAUCAUGGCGCCAAGAUGCGGUAUCACUGACGACAUCCGGGCGGCGUUCCAGCGGUCGUUUUCGCGGUGGUCGGCGGUGAUUCCGGUCAACUUCACGGAGUCCGAGGACUACUACGGGUCGGACAUCAAGAUCGGGUUCUACAACGGGGACCACGGCGACGGGGAGGCGUUCGACGGGGUGUUAGGGGUGCUGGCCCACGCGUUCUCGCCGGAGAACGGGAGGUUCCACCUGGACGGGGCGGAGACGUGGGCGGUGGAUUUCGAGAAGGUGAAGUCAAAGUCAGCGGUGGAUUUGGAGUCGGUGGCGACCCAUGAGAUCGGGCACAUACUUGGGUUGGCUCAUUCCACGGUUAAGGAAGCGGUAAUGUACCCGAGUUUGCAUCCGAGGACUAAGAAAGUGGACCUUAAGAUCGAUGACGUGGCGGGUAUCCAGGCCCUGUACGGGUCAAAUCCUAACUUCAAGUACAGUUCUUUGUAUGAAUCCGACAUCUCGUCGAGUUGGAGUCUUCUCGUGGAAAGGAGGAGAGCUUUUGGGUGGACCGUAUUAAUAUUGGUUUUCUUAUUUUGUUUUUGUUUAUAAUAAUGGGGAUUUAUACAAGUUUAGGUUAAUUUUUUUACGUUGUAAAAAAAAAAAAACAAGACAUUGAAAAAGGAAGUAAAGAACAUUCUUUUUGCAUCUUUGAGAUUUGUAGGCUUCCAAAGAAUCAUUCUUUCUGACGUUCUUGAAUUGAAUAGGGUUGUUUAAUUUGUAGUGAAAACUAACGUGGGAUUUGAAAGAGGGUAACUGAUUUGCCUUUCUUGAACCAAAGCGUGC